GUUUUAGGGAAAUUGUUAUUGUUAUAUUUAUUUACAAAUAAGGUUAUGCAAUUAUUGUUUAAUUGUUAUAUUAAUAAUUAGGGGUUUAAAUAAUGGCAUUACUUCCGGUUAAGGAUUCGAUACCUCAAGGUGCAAUUAAACUUGAUAGAAAUGAAGCAUUCAGAUAUCAAUAUCAGCAAAUUAAAAAUUGGCCACAUUUUAGUGAUAUAUGGCCAUUUAAAGUAGGAGUUCCAAUGCUUGCUGGUUUAGCUGGCAUAUCAGCUUUGAUGAUAAAUCGUCAUUUCAGAAUAAGAUUAAAAUUAAGACGUGAUGGCUUAGUAGUAUCCCAAAUUGCUACUGCAAUCAGUUCUAUUGUGUUCGCGACCACACCACAUCUUGCUUAUAUAUCUGAGGACAUUCUGUUAAGAAUAACUCCAUGUCCACUUUGUAUUGAAACGCGAGCAGGAUUCAUUCAAGUUGCCGGUGCCGUAUUGUAUCCUUGUAUUAGUGCACCACUAGCUAAUUUUUUUAUAGCAGCAAGAGUUGGUAGUUAUAGACUACCACACUUCGCAAACGGACAGGAAAUAUUCAAAUUAUGGCUAAAAUUCAUAAAACCGAUGCGUGAAAAAUUUCUGAUAUUAACAGUUGUUAAUUUUAUGUUUGCUGGGUGCAUAACUUACGCGGAAGCUAAAUCAGUUGUCACAAUUCGAAUGAAAAUGAUGGAAUUAGCAAAGCAAGCUCGUGAGGAGAACGAGAAGAAAUAA